GAAAUGACAUCUAUUCACAGCAUCUAUUUUCAAUGGAAAAACACAAAAAUAUUGUGGAAAAACUUAAUUAAUUACGCAGAAAAACUUGCUAAUUAUCGCAUCAUAGAUCAUCAUUAGAAAACAAAUAACUGUGAAAUGCUUAGAAACGUGAUACUGCCGUCAUUACGCACCAACUUUCAGGUGAUGUGCGUCAGAUAUAAGAAGAAAAAGGUGCCAAAAAUUGACAAAAAACUCCAGGCAGCCGCUGAGUCCUUAGCUGCUAGAGGUUUCUUACGGCCAAACAAACCAUGGGAUCCUCCAGCCAACAUCGAGAAUACAAUCCUGAAGAUAUGUGCAGACAACGGUUUGAAACCUGAAGGCGAAUUUGAGGGACUUGAUACCAAGUUUGUGGUACUCAACGCCUGCUUCAAAGAAACUGGCCAUAGCGUGCCAAACUCCUUAUUGCACACAAUUGAAACUGUUGAUGACCUAAAAGAAUUUUAUAGAACACCAGUAGAUGUUGUAACUCCAUUUGAUGCACUUAAGAAAAUGGAACUGCCCAAGAACCUUUAUGUACAAGAAGAUUAUGUACGCUUCCACCCUGAUAAAGACACCAUGUUUAAUGGUUUGUCAGCAUUUCCGAAGAGUUCCACCAUUGUGACAGGUCUGAAAUACAGGAAGAAGUAUGAAGGAUAUGCUGCCAAGAGGUCUUGGCCUUGAUAACACAGUUUUGUAAAUAGAUGUUUAGUUAUAGAUGAAAAUAAAUUAUGUGAACUGAAAA